UGUGUGGCAAACGGGCUCACACGCUUGCAACAAUUUUGGAAAUUUUAUUGUCAAUUAUCCCCAAUAAUAUUGCUGAGAAAUUUCCUAUUAUAUAAAUUCGUUCAUCAUGGAUUUAUCAGGUUUAACAGGAGAUGUUUUUCGAUCGACAGACGAAAUUGUAAAGCGGAUUUUUAAUCAUCGGCCAUUUCUAGAAGCCGAACUACAAACAAUGGUUCGAAAUUUUGACUUUGAUGAGCGUGAUGAAUUACAGGAGAUACAUCGCAAAAUUGUUCAUAUCAAAGAUCAAUCAUUCGAUGAGAUUGAGAAUAGAUGUCAACCUCUCGAAAAAGCUAAUUUACAUGUAGAUAAACUCGAAAAAUUGAUAGAUCAAAUACUUGAUUCAGAAUCGGCUAAUGAAUCAGAACGAAAGAACCGUUUAUCGCAAUAUACUGCUCAAAAAAGUGAAGAUCUUAUUAAAUUUAUGGAACAAAUAAAUUCACAGAUUGAUAAUAUUGACAAUUCAUAUAUGAAUGCCAAAAAAGAAAUUGAUAUAAAGUACAAGAAUAUAAAGAAAUGAAUUUAUAGAAUAAAAUAUUAACGA